UUUCUAUCCAUUUUUAUCCAAAUUUUUUGAAUCCGAAGACACGUUCCUUUGCUGUGAUGUCUCGUUUUAAUGAAUAACGAAAACUUUUCAGAGCUAUCUUUGACAAAAUUUUUGCUAUUCAAAAGAGUAAGAGUAGGUUUGUCUAGAUACUAUAAUUGGAAUUUCUUUUUGAAUUUCGGAGGCACUGUAGAGUUGACUGUAGGAAAGUCAGUCGUUACCUACUGUGAACUUAGAGCCAGAAUUGGGAGAAAAGACAGCUUGACUGGAAAAAAUCCUACAAAUGAAGAGAAAAGCAGCACUAAAGAAGAAGAAUAGCUCAGAAAUAGCAACAGAUGGUCUGCGCACCUUUGUAUCUAUAAACAGACGACAGAUGACAAAUUCUUAAAUACAAUUUUGAAAAGGAUAAGUAAAAUAGUGAAGGUAGGGUGAAAGUGUGGAGAAAAAAAGUGAAGGAGAGGGCAAAAAAACCGAUCCAGGUAAGAAGGAAGAAGGAAGCGAGGAAGAGGAAGAAGCGAAAGAGAGGACAUAUUUCCCAUACUCAACAUCCACAUUAUUCUACUCAUUAUCGGCAUCCCUACCGUAUCAAUGUUGUUUUUUGAAUAUACAUUUAUAAUUAUAUGCAAAUGUUGAAGAGAAGGAACACUUUUCUGCAGGGGAUAUCGUUUUAUAUAAAGUGAGACUUUUGAAUAUACAAAUGAUUAAAUUUGGGUAGGCUAUUUACAGUGUUUGCUUUCUUAUUUAUAGUUACUUUGAUAGAUAGUUAGUUGUAGACUCAUCUACUCAUCGUGAAUUGAGUCAAAAUUUUGAGUUUUGAUUGCUGGCUUAUACACUUCUUGUUUCACGCUUUCUGGCAUAAACUAUGAAAUGUACUUUACACUGGAACACCGACUAGCCAGUUUAAUAGGAUUCCUGUAGCACCAGAAUAUAACUGACAAGAGUGGA